UGUAUAAUAACAUGAGCCACCUAGUGCCGAAUUGGGACCUUUUCACCGCCUCUGAAGAAGAAGAUGGUGAGUCCCAGCAACCAGCACCGACUCACCUAGACUUCGCGGUUAUCCCUGAGCUUCAUUUCCCCGAGCCAUCUUCUUGGGUUCAGACUUCCUUCCCUCCUUUUGAUUCUUCUGUUGAUGAUGUUAAUAGUUGUUCCGACAUUUUCGACGCUUUGUCGGAUGUCGAGCUGAACCUGAAUUUACCACUGGAGCAGAAUAGAGCCACGCUUGCUCCUACUCCUGACUCUUCAUGUUUAGCUUUGGAUAGAGGGAACUCUUCAAGUGAGAGCAAAGGGAAAUCUAUCGUCUCCGAGGAUCGGGUGCCCCAAAUCUUCGGCGAGGAGUUUUUGAGCAUAUUGGACGUUUUGAAGAGAAAGCAAGCUAGCUCGUGCAAGCGUAACCGGACUGCCGAGGUUCACAACCUGUCUGAGAGGAAGCGGAGGGAUCGAAUCAAUGAGAAGAUCAGAACAUUGCAGGAACUUAUACCCAACUGUAACAAGCUGAAUUUGUGCUGCAUUUCAGUCAGACAGAGCUUCAGUGUUGGAUCGGACCAUUCAAUAGCUCAAAGCCCUUAAACUGCAAGUGGAGAUGAUGUCGAUGGGGGGAGGUAGCCUGAAAGCUCCAUAUGUUUCACCAGCUGGUGUUCAAAGUGUACAUCCGCCCCAGUUUUCUCCAUUCAUGCCCAGAAGCCUGAACAUUGGCACAGGAGGUGGAGUAGGGAUGGGUUUUGGAAUGGGCAUGGUUGGAAUGUGUUAUCAACCCAUGGGUAUUCCCCUGAUUGCAGUCCCCUCACAGAGUCCCUGUUCACCGGUGACAACAGCUGCAAGUUUGCCACAGACGCCAAGGUCAGGAGUUGUUCCCAUUACCCCAUUAGUUCCAAUGAAGUAUAUGCCCUUCACAGCUCUUACUUCGACACCAGCUAUAGUUACUCCAUCCAUUUCCCCAGAAUGUCCAGCUUUAAAAUUGUUCCAAGAUGUUAAUUCUUCCAACCAAGCACGUUGUAGCUCUCAGAGGAUGAAGAGAUCUGUUAAUUAUGUCCAGCAGGUUCCAGUAAUUAGCCAGGUUCAUUUCAAACUUGAAUACUUUAAUCAGUUAAAAUUGCACAUCCUCAAGCUCCUCAUAUUUAUCUUUAAUUCCUCCAUUAAGUUUGUCAAUUAUGUGAUGCAACAAACAUCAUUCUCUAAUAUCCUAGUUGUUGGAGAAUAGGUGUUGUGGUGUGUCACAUGUUUUUGAAUCCCACAUAGUGCUGUUUGUUUUUUUUUUUUCUAGAAGUCUACACAAACUGGUUUACAUUCUAUAAGUCCACCAAGCACCUCUCUCUUUCUUCAUUUGGUGAUAUUUUACAGUACUGCUUCUCUUAUUGCUGAGGAGGCAGGUUGUGGCAGCUGCCAUUCUCUCUCAAUCUGGUUUGGUUUGAACAUUUAGGCAUUUGAAUCUCAACUAAUCUUUUUUUUAUAUGUAAUUACUGCAUAGGUGGUCUCAUAUUUAGGAUUGACAUCCUUGACGCUGUAUGUUUUGAUUGGUGGCAGGCCAAAAGGGCAAACCUUCAUGUUGAAGGCUACCUUCUCGACAGUAACAAGUGAACCAUUCAGUCCUGUAUCCGUAUGAUGCGCUAUAGAAAAUUUGCUAACUUGUAGUUAUCAGCAAAGGUCACAAGCAAACUUACAACAAUGGGGUCGCAGGAUAUAUUCUUGUUUACCUAUCUGAGAAGUAACUCACCAGGUAUUAUUGUGUAUUUUUGUAGUCAGUACCGAGUUCAACCCCCUACUGUAAGUCAUGUGAGAGCAUUGUUCUCAAUUGCAUGUUGUGCCUUGUUUUUAGGUAUUAUCAAUUCCAUUUUGUUCAUCUUUUCCUUAAUCAAGACUGCUAAACGUGAUCUUUAUAUUAGCUGAAUCAUGUCCAUGUUGGAUUGGAAAGUCAGAAUGGACACUUUAUGUUGCAUGAACAACAGUGUUCAUAAUUUAUUACAUAGGCGAUGUGGACAUCAUUUCAGCA